UAAUGUACAAACAGAAUGGCGCCAUUAAUGUUCUCCUUCAGAUUUCUGUUCUUCCUUUCUCCCGUUUUGUUCCUUAUGAUCAGCACUCAAUCUCAAUCCCCAUAUUGUUACAACGAUAAAGGCAACUACACCACCAACAGUACCUACAAGACAAACCUCAACACCCUUCUCUCUUCUCUUUCUUCCCCCUCCAACAACGGCAAUGGCUACGGCUUCUACAACUUAUCCUAUGGGGAAAACCCCGACCAGGUUUACGCAAUCGGGCUAUGUCGAGGGGAUGUCACGGUGGACUUUUGCCGUGGCUGCCUCAGCAACGCCACACAACAGAUCACACAGGGCUGUCCCAAUCAAAAGGAAGCUUUCGGCGUAAUUGAACAGUGCACGCUUCGCUACUCCAACCGCUCCAUCUACGGAGCCAUGGAAACUUUCCCUCCUCUCAUGUGGUAUAACGCACAGAACGUGCCCUCCGACGUCGACGGGUUUUCUCAAGAACUGAAUACGCUACUGGAGGACCUAAGGGGUCAAGCUGCAGGAAACGGUUCACUUCGAAAAUUUGCGGUAGGGACCGCAACCUUUCCCAACUUCCAAAAUGUCUAUGGACUUGCGCAGUGUACGCCGGAUUUGACCGAGCAGGUCUGCAGUGAUUGCUUGGGCAGUUCUUUGGCAGAUAUUCCAAAAAUUUUUGAGGGGAAGCAAGGUGCUCUAAUUAGUAAACCCAGCUGUAAUGUUAGGUAUGAGGUUAACACUACAACUAUCCGACCAUUGCCGUCUUCUCCGUCGCCACUGUCUAGUCCUCCUCCCCCGUCAGCCAGUACAGGAGGAUCGAAGAGUGACAAAUCUCGAACUGUCAUCAUUAUCGUUGUGCCAAUUGUUGUUUCUGUGGUACUAAUAGUUAUGUUCUUCUGCAUUUGUUUAUUAAGAGUAAGGAGGACAAAGAAAAAACUUGAAACUGCGAAGUUAAUUCCAGGUAAGAACGCAACUCUAGUGCUUCACAUUCUUGAUACAAUAACAGAGGAAGUGCUAUAUAGCAAAGCAUUUACUUCUGAUGGAUUUGUGGAGAAAAUUACCCAAGUGUGUUGAUUUCUGGAACAUUGUGGCAUUUACUUCUGAUGGCUAGUCUUGUUCAUUGUGGCAUGCUUCACUUCCUGGAACAUUCCAGCAACUAAGAAGUCAUCAUUCAGGCUGGGGCAUGGGUUGGUCUUGUUCAUGAUGGGAUGCUUCACUUCCUGGAACAGUCCAGCAACUAACAAAUACAUAUCCUUGAUCUACUAUGUCCUUUUUUUCAUUGUUAGUAACAAAGCACCAGAAAACGAAAUUAUAUUGAUGUAAUUUAGGAUAUCCCUUUGGUUCAUAUUUCCUUUAAAUGUGUGGUUUCUUCAUUGUUUUAGGUAGGUUCCUAUACAUUUCAU